AGGGUAAUAGUACCUUCCUGAAAGCUGCAGCUUCUUUCUCACCUUGAAGAAUAAUUCUAGAAAGCUCCCAAAAUGUGUGAUGCAUUUGUAGGUACCUGGAAAUUUGUCUCCGGUGAAAACUUUGAUGAUUACAUGAAAGAAGUGGGAGUGGGCUUUGCUACCAGGAAAAUGGCUAGCAUGGCCAAACCCAAUGUGAUCAUCAGUGUGAAUGGGGAUGUGAUCACCAUUAGAUCAGAAAGUGCCUUUAAAAAUACUGAGAUUUCCUUCAAAUUGAGCCAGGAAUUUGAGGAAGUCACUGCAGAUGACAGGAAAGUCAAGAGCACUGUAACCUUAGAUGAAGGUGCCCUGGUGCAGGUGCAGAAGUGGGGUGGAAAAUCAACCACCAUAAAGAGAAAACGAGUGGAUGAUAAACUGGUGGUGGAAUGUAUCAUGAAUGGUGUCACUGCUACCAGAGUUUAUGAGAAAGCAUAAGCCACAGGAUAUUGAGCUGGACUGAAGUUUGCAUCAAACUCUAUGACAUUCUGUUGGAUGUGUUGUCCAAACAUAUAUUAUUUCCCACUAAUUAGCAAGCAACUAAUUUUCCCCCAGACUGAUUUUAUUCAAUAUGGUUGUGUUGAUUAAAUAAAAUUUUUUAGAUUUA